GUUAUUCUUCAAACUUCCAUGGCUCCCCUUCCUCGGAUGCCCAUUGGCCCAGAUCUCUCUCACCAACUGCCAGUUCUUCCAAGCCUGUUGCUCUUCAGAAUUCCGUGCUCCCAUCCCUUGGGGGACUUAUUUUGGUCCAGAGCAGAGUUGGACUGCCCUGCAGUUUGAGGCUUGGCUGUUGGCAGAGUCCAGGAGAGCUUUCACCCCCAAGAGCGAAAGGGAAAGAAGCAGAGAUGGAGGCAAUAUCAGAUGAAACAGAGGGACUUCCAAAGUAUGGGAAUAGGAGAGAAACAUCAAGGAUCUUGAAAUUCUUAAGUCUGCUUCUACAAGGUUUUUCCACCAUGUUUGGAAAGAAAAAGAAAAAGAUUGAAAUUUCUGGCCCUUCGAACUUUGAACACAGAGUACACACUGGAUUUGAUCAUAGAGAACAAAAGUUCACGGGACUACCUCAGCAGUGGCAUAGUUUACUCGCAGACACGGCCAACAGGCCAAAGCCUAUGGUAGAUCCUUCGUGUAUCACACCUAUCCAACUUGCGCCUAUGAAGACCAUCGUUAGAGGAAAUAAACCUUGCAAGGACACUUCAAUCAAUGGCUUGCUGGAAGAAUUUGACAAUAUCUCUGUGACACGUUCCAACUCGCUUCGGAAGGAGAGUCCUCCCACCCCUCACUUGGGCCGCUCAAACCACGUAGAAAUCCACCAACAGGAAAAUGGCUACAUCACGUACUCUCAGUACUCAAGCGAGUCAGAGGCCUCUGUGGACUUCCUGAGUGAAAAAUACAAAGACAAAACUGUUCAGAGGGAAGAAUUAGACAGAUACUCAAAAGGUAGCUGUGCUGCUAAACAAAAUGGACAUGUGGUGAAAAUGAAACCCAGUGAGAUGUAUUUUCCAGAAGCGAAGCCCCUGAAGGCCGACAUCUGUAGGUUCUUACCAGAUUAUCAUGCUCACAUGGAAACAAAAAGCCAACUGAAUGAGUAUAGUGGUAUGAAGCUGGAAUACCAGAGGGCAAGUGGCUCUUCUCUGGAUUACAAAGAAUCUUUCCAUUACACUCCUUCUAGAACUUCCAUUCACAGUCAGUGCUCCAGGGAAAGACUAGAAUACAGUGACAUCGACUGGGCCAAGGAUGAUUAUGACAAAAGACCCAAGUCCUCCUAUGUAGACCAGGCAAGCCCUCAACCCGCCAUGAGACAAAGAUCCAGGUCAGGCUCUGGUCUCCAAGAGCCAGUCAUGCCCUAUGGAGCAAGUGCUUUUAAGUCCAACCAGCAAGGCUAUUCGUAUAGUUCAUAUACCUACCCUCGCUUGUCAGAAACAGCAGCAGGCAUGCCAAAGCUGGAAUAUGACCGAUCACAGAUGGUUGUAAGUCCACCACUGUCUGGAUCAGAUACUUACCCUCGAGGCCCAACAAAGCUACCUCAAAGUCAGAGCAAAGCCACCUAUCCAGGCAGUAGCUACCAGUACCCAGCUGUCUAUCACAAAUUCUCUCACUUCCACCACCAGCCUUCCCUGCAGCCCAGCUCCCAUUACAUUUCCACAGCAUCAUACCCAAGCUCCCCAAGCAUCACUUCAAGUGCUUAUCCUCCACCCAGCUGGGGCUCAUCAUCAGAUCAGCCGCCCUCCCGGGUGUCACAUGAGCAGUUCCGAGCAGCUUUGCAGCUGGUGGUGAGCCCUGGGGAUCCUCGCGAGUACUUGGACAACUUCAUCAAAAUUGGGGAAGGCUCCACUGGGAUAGUUUGCAUUGCCACAGAGAAGCACACUGGGAAGCAGGUGGCCGUGAAGAAGAUGGAUCUCAGGAAACAGCAAAGACGGGAACUGCUUUUCAAUGAAGACUCGAUUAGAAGGAUUCCAGAUGAUCUGAUUGGCGCUUCUGUCGAGGCUCUGGUUGAUGGCAGGCUUGCCACCGCUACCAGGACUGUUGACAUGAUAGCUCCUAAAUACCCUCUCUGGAGCAGAGCUCGUCCAGCGCCCUGGGUUAACCAGCAGCUGCGAGCUAUGGAGCAGAAUAGGAGAAGGCUAGAAUGCAGGAGACGGGACCAGAUGGAAUAUAAUCGGAAAGCUGUCUGGAUCACGACUAACGAUUACCUUACUAAGGUUGUAAUAAUGAGAGACUAUCACCAUGAGAAUGUGGUCGACAUGUACAACAGUUAUCUUGUGGGGGAUGAGCUGUGGGUUGUGAUGGAGUUCCUGGAAGGCGGCGCUUUGACAGACAUAGUGACUCACACAAGAAUGAAUGAAGAACAGAUUGCUACAGUUUGUCUGUCUGUAUUAAGAGCACUGUCUUAUCUUCACAACCAAGGAGUUAUUCACCGGGAUAUCAAGAGUGAUUCAAUACUUCUCACAAGUGAUGGGCGAAUAAAAUUGUCAGAUUUUGGCUUCUGUGCCCAAGUUUCAAAAGAUGUUCCAAAAAGAAAAUCCCUUGUUGGAACCCCAUAUUGGAUGGCACCAGAAGUGAUUUCCAGACUGCCUUAUGGAACCGAGGUGGAUAUCUGGUCCCUUGGCAUCAUGGUAAUAGAAAUGAUAGAUGGGGAGCCACCUUAUUUCAAUGAGCCGCCUCUCCAGGCGAUGCGCAGAAUCCGAGACAAUUUACCACCAAGAGUGAAGGAUCUACAUAAGGUCUCAUCAGUACUCCGUGGCUUUUUAGACUUGAUGCUGGUGCGGGAGCCUUCACAGAGAGGCACAGCGCAAGAACUGCUGAGGCAUCCAUUUCUGAAACUGGCUGGGCCUCCUUCGUGCAUCGUGCCUCUCAUGAGGCAAUACAGGCACCACUGAAGGUGGCCGUUUUGGUUCAUUGAAAUUGUCUUUUCCUGGGAAGGUUUGCACAGAAGUGGAGCAAAGCAAGAAAACAGAAAGCACCAGGGAGCACAGCAACUGAAAAACAGACACCUGAUGCCGUGACUCAACAAAGGAGACUUCUUUGGGUUUAUGAAGAGAUAUCUUUGCUUGGAAACCAGAGAUGUUGACAGCUAAUCCUCCUGUGAGGAUGUAUGUUCCCCAGGCAGCCCCUGUUUUUAGUCUGUCAACUAAGAGAACAAGGAGAUGUUCUUUCACAUCCCACCUGAGAGGAAGGAAGAAAGGAAAAGCUUGUAGCACAACCCAGGUGGAACACCCAAGUUUUAUUUUAAAACCGACGCAAAACAGCACUUCUAUUUCAGAAGAACACUUUUUUUCUGACAAAAAAGAGAGAGAGAGAUGCACUUUUUAUCUCAGUUGUAGCAGUGUGAUGUAUUUUGAAAUGAAUUUGUAAUUUUCUGUACAUUGUUUUUGAUAAUUUCCAGUACUUUGAUGUCAUAGUGAUAGUGCUAACGGAGGUGAUAGGUGUAACUUAGUAAGCAUUUGAGUGAGAUCUUUCCUACUUUUGUAUCUGUUUUGAAGAGAAAGGAAAACACAGACACAAAGAUAUUUAUUCACAAUUCAGAAUGUUGAAGAGACUUUCUCUGUGCUAGUUAAACAUCCACCUCCAUUUUUGUAAAUGUUCAGAUGCCUCAGCAGCAUCAAACCCUUUUCCCCAUUGAACUAAUAAUUAAAGAUUUCCAGUGUUGUCCUGAAGAUAUAGGUACCUUGAAAAAGGAAGAAAAGAAAAACCUCAGGUACUAACCCCAAGGGCUGUUUUGCAUCUCCUUAUUUUUCAUGGGAAAAGAGCAGGUAUUGCCCAGUGGUAGAAAACAAUUGGCAGCCACAGAAAAAGCCAAGCGAAGACUUGCUGGUCAGGAGCUAAGCUCACUGUUGGAAGGUUACAGUCACCCCUUAAGUGUGAAACUUGGACCUAUGUAUUGUAUGCCAUGGCUGUUGGAGGAGGUGGCUUUUGCUAAAGUGACCAGUGUCUCCCUGUGAUCCUUGGCCUCCCGGUUUCUCACCAUGACUACAUUGCAUGGGCAUCUAACUAAGUAAUAUUUUACUUCUGUUCAAAUUCUGGCCUCUCAAGCAUUAGCCUGCAUUUAUGGUGACCCCCUAUAACUCUUGAUCACCAAAUCAAAUGCAGCUUCCCACCCAUCAUGCGCUAUAGCUUUCUGGAGGAAACACCUCCUGUGUUUGUUCCUGCCUACAGUAUGUCUGCCUACACAAACAGGUGGCUGUUAAGCAAACACAGCACUUGGAAAUGUUAUUUCGAGGACAACAAAUUCCAGAAUUCCCCAGCCAGCGGUCAUGCCAGCUGAUUGAUUCUGAAAGUGACAAUGCUGGCUGGCAAGAUUGUGGGAGUUAUAGUUGUAAAAACAAUGCUUCCAAACUCAGAUUGCAAGCUACCAUAGAUGGGGGAUGGGCUGUGUUCUGUUUGGUGAGCCCAAUACAAAUUGUGCAACAAAUUUGUACACAGAUCGCACUUUAGCAGCAACAAAAGUAGAAGAACAGCCUCCAAUUGCAGCCUGCACCGUGCUUCAGGAGUUCCACUUUCACACCACUGUUCCAACAUAGGCUCUGUGUAUAGCAGCUUACCUCCAGAAGAGCGUCGCCAGCGAGCAGUAAGGACACAACUUCAUUUUACUGUGUGCCAACUUCAGUGCCACCAGAUUAAGUCUUCACUAUUUCCAUUUAUGCUUUGGAAAUCAAAACACUUGACUCAAGACAUCCAGCCACUGGGUGCAGAUCUUCCAAAAUUGAAGCGUUGGAAGAUUCUGUUGAUGUGUUUGCCAUACAGGGGAAAAUACUGUCUAAAUCUUUUUUUGGAAUGUUAAUUCAGCAGAAGCUACUACAACCAGUUUUGUGUUGCUUGUUGGGUAGAUUUGCAUGUUUACCAUAGGCCUAUAGAGAUUUGCCUUUAUAAGUGCUUCAUUCUUUCAAGGAUAAAGAGGUUUAUUUAUUUAUUUAUUAUUAUUUUUAACUUAAACAUAUUGAGGAAAGCCAUGUAUUUUCCAAAGUUUUUGUUGUUAUAAUUGAGUUCACUUGAAAAAUGUCUCUGACUAUAAACUGAACAAAUCUGGUUAGAUCAUUUUGCAUUGUAGAGAGUUUCUUCCCCCCCCCAUAAAUAAGUUGGUCAUAUCCUGUUGUAAUAAAAGAAAAUCAAAACAAAAAAUGGAGAAGACUAUUCAUUCCAGAUUGCUGU